UGAAUUAGUUAAAAUAACGCGAUGAAUUAGUGCGAACGGACUAUGGACCUGGGAGAGGUCGUGUGUUCUACCGUCAGGUGGCGGUAGCCUCAAAACAGUGGGACAUCGUACAGACACCCUGCAACGGGACUGUGUUUUUCACAGAAUUGUUUUCCGCGUUUUCCCGCAAAAAUUACGUUCUCUGACGGUGAUUUUUUGUCUCAGAGGGCCGCAUCUAUCAACCCCACUAUCCGGCCGGCCGCUCACCUACUCACACCUAAGACGAAUUAUGUAGUUUUUCCAUUUGGUAUACAGUCAAUUUGUUCCUGUCUCGUUUAAAAGAGGAAAGGAGCCCAAUGUGGGUGGAAGUGAGAUGGCAUCCAGGGAAAAGAAACCCUUAGUGCCUUCAAAAGCAAAACAGAAGGCGAAUAAUGAUUGUAGCUUGCCAUCGAACGAAAUUAAAAGUAGAAAAGGCAAGUCUUUGUCAAAUCUAAAACAACAGCAACUUGCACGAGAUAUAUUGGAGGCUGUAGCAACUGGUAGUCAACUUCCUCCAAAAUUAGAGGCAAGUCUACCACGUAAAAAGGUUCUUAGGAAUCUGAAACAUAAACAAAAGUUGAAAGUAGCAAAAGCAAAUCUAAUUAAAUCAAAGGUUACGAGAAAAGUAGCCAAUAGAAAUUUGUGUAGAAUACCUUCUGACAUCAAAAAAAGUGUGAGGACUAAAAGAAUCAAAUUAUCUGAAGAGAAUAGUACUAAGACAUCAUCUAACAAAAGCUUAGAGCAUCAAAUAAACGAAACAGAAGGUGAAAAUAUAGGAGCAGAAGGUAAUAGAAGUGCCAAGAACAAUCUCAGGACUAAAAAGACCAAGUUUAUAUUAAAAAAUAUCGGAGAAGUGGAAAGUGAGGACAUUUUAGAUAGAGAUUCAGAUUCAGUUGCAGGUUGCAGUACUAAAAGUAGUCCAAAACUUAAUAGGAAGGGUAGAAGCUUGGAAAGUUUAGAUUCUUUGCCUAGAGGUGUUAAAUCAACAAAAUUUUCAGGAUUUAAGAGAAACGGUAUCAAAGAGAAAGAUACUUUAAUAAAGACAGAAGUUGAUAUUAAAUAUUCGAAAGGAAGGAAGGCUACUAGAGACAUAGAUUAUAGUAACACAAGAGUUUCAAAGUCUCUUUUGGAUAGUAAAAGUUCUAUAGAUCUUACCAUUGACGAAGUGAUAGCUUCAAUGUUGAGCGAUACAGAAAUAGAUAAUCAACAGGGAAUAACAGAAAAAAUAGAAGGAAAAUUAACAAGAAGUAAGAAGAUGUUGGUAGAAGAGAAUAUAAUUUCAGAUAUUGAAAUAAAAAAAGAACCAGACAGCGAAGACAUUAAAAUUACUUCUGAUGGGGAGAAUUUUGAAACGGAAUCCGUUCAAAAUGCAAUUCAUUUGAGAAAAAGAGCGAGUGCAAACAUCAUUAAUCAAAGAAGUUUAAGAAAUGGUAAGCUAAGGCAAUCAGAUUCUGUAAUUUCCGAUUUAGAGCUCAAAAAGCGUCGACGAUUAAAUUCGGAUGAUCCAAUUAAUUCAGAAGUUUCUGCGGAUAAUAUUGCGGAUAAUAAUAUCGAUUCUGAAUCUAGUUUUUCUGAAUCUAGCGGUAACGAUUCUCAAACAAUUAUAGUACCCGUUAAAGAUGAAAUGUGCAUGAAACAAGAAACGUUGAAAAAUUUCGAGGACAGUUCCCAAAUUGGAUCAGAAGUAGAAAAUAAUAACAACAGCGAUAGAGCGGACAGGACGAGUGAGAUUGGGCCCACGCUCCGCUCGAAGACCAAGGCGAAAAGUACCGAAGUUGAGAUAAAAAAUGACAAUAUAAAAAUUGAAUAUACGAGAAUAAUACCCAAAAAUAUGGAGGUGCAAGAAGAAUUGAAAAAGAUGGGUAAUUUGGAUCAAGUUAGAAAAGAUAAUAUUUUGGCAAAACUGUCUGACAAGUCUAAGGGUCGAAGAAGUAGUUUAAAUAUAGAUAUGAAGAAAACGGUUAAUUCGUUUUAUAAUACGGAUAAAUCGGACGGUAAUCCCAAGUCUCAGAUAGAUCAAAUGAUAGAAAAUAUCAAGCUUACGAUUGCCAAAUCUAUCGAGAGUAAAAUCUUCGGCCCAGAGAAGGGCCUUGGAUUGAACAAAAACUUCGAGAUACCAAAAAUUGAAGAGAUAAUUGCACCAUUGAGCGCGGAAUCUCAAAAAUUAGGGCUAGAGGAAAAUACGGAUGAGGAUAAGUCUGCCGCGACAAAGAAUGAGAUGAAAUCGGACAAUUCAGAUAAUUCAAUACCAAAAGUGGCUGAUACUGCCAAAGAAAUUGAGAAACUAGUCAUGGGUGAUAUUGAAUUAGCUGAAACUCAUUCUCAAAACGUGCAAGAAAGCGAAUCUUCUGACACUGAUGCGAAUAGCAACACUCACAACGUUUCUGAAGUGGUAAAUAUUAUAGAAAAUGAGAAUGGUUGCAAAAUUGUAAUACAGGAGGGUGAAUCGAACGAAACGUCCAAUUUGAGGGAGGAGGCUGAGAAAAAGAUUGAGAUGGAUGAUAAUCAGAUAAAAAUUUUAGACGAUGGAAAGAAAGUUAUGUCUAUUAGAAAAUCUUCGAGGAUAAUAGAUAAAGCUUCCCCUGAGAACAAUGAUAAUACCGUUAAAAAAUUAGGAAAAGCGAUGAACAAAGUGGCUCACAAGUCUGAGAAUUGUGAGGAAUCUUUACAGGAGUGUGAUAAGUCUACUCCUAAGGAAACUAUUUCGAACAAAGAGUUUAAAAACGAAUCGACGGAGAAUAAAACAACUUCCUCUGAAUUUCCAGUUGAUAGUACGAUAACCGAGUCGAAGAAAGAGGAGAUUAAAACGCAAGAAGAUGCAAAGACGGAUACGGCAAUCGAAGAUGGGGCAAAGAUUUCCACGAAUACGGGACCCGAUGACGUGGAAACUUUAGAGAGAAUUUCGAAAGAAGUGGAAAGAAUGGUAGCAGAGGAUGAGUCUGGACAUCAGUUGAAAAGCAGCGCAGAUGAGCCGCAAAAUGAUCGAGAAUCUGCAAUGACCAAAACUGCAACAGAAUCUUCUUCUUCUUCUUCUUCUUCUUCUUCUUCCUCCUCUUCAUUGCCCAACGAAUUAGAUGUAGCAAUGGAUACCGAAAAUCGAGAAACAAAUGCUGUCAAUGAAUUGGAAAAUAAAGAUGAGCGAGACAAAUGCGAGAAGAUAGUAGAAAAUGCCAAAGAAGUUGAAAAAAGGGAAGAGGAAAAUGUGGCAGAAAUUAUUAAAAAAGAUAGAAAUGAUUGUCAACUAUUACUUAAUUUCGAUUCCACGUCUAACUCUAAAUGUAAUCCUGUUUCUAACAGUGCUUGUAAUCUUCUUCAAGAAGAUUUGAAAAAAGACUCGAACGAAAAUGAGGAAGAAGAUAAACAAGAAAAUGAUAUCGAUAACGAUUCGAUACAAUUAUAUGAUAACGGUAACGACGUUUGUAACAAUUUAGAAAGUGAUACGACAUUAACAAAAGAGGAUAAAAAAGCAUCGGAUAAUACUGUGGAAGAGCAAAAAUCUAUUAAAGAUGAUACUAAGAAACGAGUAUUACGGGCGCGUGAUAAAACGAAAGGAAAGUUCGAAAAGGGGCAAGGAUCGUGCAAGGAUCAAAAAGAAACCGUUUCGAAGGUGAAGACGGAAGAAGAAGAAAAACCGCAAAACUCUAACAAAGAGGAGGAGGAUUCGAAGGAUUUGGAGGAAAAGGUUCAAGAAUCGAUGACAGAGGACACUGACGACACUCAAAAUAGCGGUGAAAUGGACGCGAAUGACGUGGAACCUCAGGCUCGUACCAAACGUAGCAGAGAAGCGAAGAAACGCAAAGAAGAUCAAUUGAAUAUGUUGAAGAACAAACGAGCAAAACGUGAGAUUCGGAGAUGCGAUCAACAAAAUAAAGAGGAGACUCUUUUGGACAACGAAGUAGCGAAAAUUAACGAGAACAAUCGAUCGUUUUUAAACAAAUAUGAAAAUGGAGUCGAAUGCGCGACAAAUUUCAGAGGUUUUUCUGAAGGUGGAAGGGAUAGCUUGGAGAAACACGAAAAAACCGCGGAUAAUGUGAGAAGCAAGUCGGAAAAUGAUUUGAUUAUAGCAAAAGAAAAUGGUAGGAAAACGUGCGAGAACAGAUUGUCAAGAAAUUUGUCUGAGAACCAUGUGACUAAAGAAGUGGAAAAUAUAGACAUACUGGAUGUCGAUUGCAAACCUAUAAAAACGCCAGAAACGUCGCAGAAAGAUUCUGACGAGACGUCCACUUCUGGCGAAUCUUCGAGCAGUGUCAAUAUUACUUCAAAGAUUUUGGAGACGCCUGAAGAUAAGGCAAAGAAAGAGUCAAUUUUGAGAUUACUUGGUUUGGAAUCCCUGGAAAAGGCUGCUGAGAGGUUGAAUCAUCAAAAAGCGAAGAAAGGACAAUCCACAGGAACCUUAAAAACCGUGAUUCGUGUCCAGAAAGAGAGGGAGAAGGACAAAAGACGAUCGAGAUCACCACUAAAAAUGGUACUGAAACAGGGUCGCGGAGAUGGUGAAGGAGACUCGCCAGAAAAUUUCUACACUAUUCAAAAGGAGUUAGGAACCAGUGGUUGGGGAGAUAGCAGCUCUGGUGCGAACCGAAAGUUCUCUACUAACCACAGACACUCUUGCGACGAAGAUAAUGAAGAUGCAGCACCAAAGGAUCGCCAGUCUCUUGUUAUCCCAGAAAAAUCCUCUUCUUUUUCCAUUCAUCCAGGACGCUUGUGUGCAGAUGUAUGUUGUUAUUGCUUUGGAAAAUUCGGUUCUUUAGAUACACCAAUGCAUCUUGCUCAAAUGAAAUCUGAUGAAAGGCGCAAAAAGAUUUUAAACAUAGAAAGACAUUUAACUAAGGAUUCUUGUUUAUGCGAUGCUUGUUACCGCCAUGUAGAUAGAAAGGCGAACACAAGUCCAACAAAUAUGCAAACGAAGCCACAAAAACAACACCGACAACUCAUGGUAUCCAAAUGCUCGGCCCGUGAUUGUAGAGAUGCUGCACGACAUCAUGUUAAACGUCGAUGGUUGCUCAAGAUAAAAGCUGGUCUGCAAAAACAAGUGGACAUUGAUUGGGAAUCGAGUCAACAUACAUCCAUGUCGUUCUGCGUCAGUCAUUAUUCGAAAAUCGAAAGAUUCUUGACUUGUGCAUUGUGUAAACGUCGAUUAGCGAGAAAUCACACUCACCAAUUGGCGAAUGCGGAAACUGACGAGUUGAAUCAGUUGCUUGGACAACAGGGUAUUCCUGUUAUAUUGUCGGCCGGUACUUUCGUUUGCAAAUUAUGCCGUUACUUUACACAACUGCAAUUGAAGUACAAGGACGUGGAAAACAUGAAUACGAAUCAUAAAUCAUUCUUCAAGAAUUAUCGAAAAAGAAUUCUACAUUAUCACGAUAUUGAAGUUCUGGAAAAUGAAGACGAAGAUUCGUCUCAGAAUCAGUCGAAAGACAAAGAUAAAGAUAAAAGGAAGAAAGCUAAGUGCAGUACUCAAACUAAGACUACAACGUUUAAAUCUCCAGAUGGUACGAUAAAUUCCACUUUUGAAAAGUCUAUUCCAGAACCCAAUAAAAACGAGGGAAUUAAUUCUGAAAUUGACAACGAAAAUCGUACCGUGAAAGGGAAUUUGAGCGAUGAAAAUGUCGUGACAGAUGUGCAGUUCCUCGGUAUCGAGAACACUGUAGAGAAAUUGAAAAAGCGUAAGCUACUCGACACGAAUCCAUAUACAACGUCAGAUACAACGAUAUCUUGUGAUAAUCCAAACGAAGUUGUUGAAAUUCUCGCGAUGGACAAAGAAGUGACGUUAACAAGAUUGCCAAAGAGACCAAGGACGAAUAAUGAUAUUACUCCAGUUGUACAGAGACUUGGUGCUAAUCCAUCCAUUAGUGUGCGCACUCUUUUCCCUGGCGAAGAAGAAAUGAAUCUUCAUGCCAAUAUAGAGUUCACAAAUGUACGAGAAAUAACACCUCAGGGUUGGGAGAAAUGUGCUACUAUGAUACAAUAUGACAGAGAUACGAAACUCCUUUGGCAAGAAUUGCAAAGACCAUAUGGGAAUCAAAGCUCGUUUCUCAGGCAUUUGAUACUUUUAGAAAAAUAUUAUAGAUCCGGUGAUUUAAUUUUAGCUCCAAAUGCAUCACGGAAUGCAAUCAAUUACUCGACUUCCGUACAGAAUCGAUUGAUAUCGUACGAAGGUCCAGAAAAGAUGGAUGAACCAAUAAUGGAGCCAAUCGCCUCAGAGUAUCACAAUUCUCGUCGAUUGAGUGGUGGUUACGUGCUCGAAAGAGAUAAGCCUUCUUUACCAACCAUAAGCACCCCCAAACAAUUAUCGUCCAGCAAUACUGCACAAUCGAUAAAGAGUAGUCCUCCACGGAUCCUGAAAUUAAAUCCUGGAGUGUCUAUAAUUAAAAAACCACCGCCUAAUCUCCAACGGUUAAAUCUUCCCUCUACUAGCACCACCGCGAAUGGUAAUAUGAAACGAAAGGAUAGUCAAAAAUUACCAACAUCUACUGGUGGUAAAGUAUUCCAAUUAAGCGAACCUGAUUUUAAACGACUGCAAAAUCUGAAAAAACAAAAACAGCAAAUGAUUACGGAAAAACAAUUAACUAACUCAAAUGGCGGCAUGAAUAACUCGAAUUCCUCGCAAAAUUUAAAAUCAGCCACGCAGUACCAAAAAGCGCAAAUUGCUGCGCAAACGCAAUUUCAAAAGCAUCUAAGAAUGCAACAGGAGAUGCUAAAUAGACAAAGCAGGAGCGACUUCGAACCGUUGAUUUGCGACGUGCGUGCAUUGGCAAAUGAAAACAGUCCGACGCAAAAUCUGUUGCAUAACCUAAAUCUGCCGAAAUCAAUACAGGUAACAACUAAAACGUCCAAUCAGAUUCCGAUAUUGCCAAAAAUUCCGAAGUCAUUGACAGUGAUACCGCAAACGGUCACCAGACCAGCCGAGAAAUGAAACAACAAGGAGGAUAAAUGAGGAUGAACAGUAAGUAAAUAAUAUAUAGAUUAAUUCUUUCUUACGAAAGUGUAUAAAAGGGUGAAAUUCAUUAUCCAAUCCUGGAUAAAAGGAAAAGGUGUUUUGUGAAAGAAAAAGAAUUAUCAAUAAGGUUAUUUCGUAACGAAUAACCGAAGAGAAUUAUUGAUCGAACUUAUAUUUUAAUACCAAUCAUGGUGGAUAGAGAAACAUAUCGAAAAUGUUUCGUGAAGAUUAAUUAACGCUCAUUUUGAGUAGCGACAAUAUCUGCCUUAUAUAAAAAAAACAAGUGCAAACGGAAUGUUUUUGUACUGCUCAAAAAAAAAAAAAAAUGGUUUUACGAUGGUAUGGUAAAUAAACGUACGCAUCGUGGUAAUCACGUGCGCGCAUGCGUACACGUUGUGAUAGUGUAUUACGGGAAUGUUUUGUUAAAAAACGUUGCAACAGGAACAAAAAUAUGAACUGAAUAACAAUCAUUAACAAUGUUGUACAUUAACAACCAAAGUAUCAAUGAAAAAAAAAUAUGGCAAAACAUGGUAAAAAUCUGUUUCCAAGGAAAAGUGCCUAAAAAAAAAAAAAAAAAAAAAAAGAAAGAAAGAAAGAAAAAAAAUGAUACAGACGAAGUCAUUGAUUUUUAAAAUGACAAAAUAUAGUAUGGAUGGACUUGAAACAGAUACUAUACAUACGGUUGAAUAUAUACAUAUAUAUAGAUAUACAUACAUGAACAAAAAUAAAUAAAAAAAAGAUAAAUAAGUAAUGGUUCGUAUGAAAAAGGAGCGUUAAAAAAAAGAAGGGGGUAUAUAUACAUAUAUAUAUGUAUUAUAUGUAUAUGUAUAUAUAAUACAUAUAUAUAUGUGUAUUAUAUGUAUAUGUAUAUAUACAUGUGUGUAUAUUGAAAAUUUAUACAUCAAUUAGUUUCAAUUUUACCCCCUCUUUUUUGUCUUCGUUUAUAUAUUUUAAUUCGAAAAUAAAAAAAAAAAAUUUAUUCGGAAGGAAUAAAUCCUGGAGGAAUACUAUCCUUCCUCGAAUUUUUUAUGGGAAACGUUCGAAAAUAUAUUCUCGACAAAUAAAAUAAAAAAAACUGUCGAUUUGCCUUGCUGUUAUUUAGAUAAAAAAACAAUUCACUGUUAGAGACAUAUCUAUCAUUCACGUUCUUCGAGAUCUGCAAUUUAAGAUCCCGUAAAGAUCGUAAUUCUUCGAAGAACAAUUUUAAAUCGGUAGUUCGUUCCUUUUUCCGCACAUCCCGAAGUAAACGCAGUUCGAAUCGUGUCGAGAGAUGUCAUGUGUAUAUGCUUAUAUCGGACAAAGUGGCGCUAUAUAUAUUGGUUUAGAUUUCAUUAGAUUUAUCCCAUGCGUCGAAUAUAUUUUUGUUUACUUACAAAAAAUAAAAUAUCUGUGGAAUUUUAUUGGAGAAAGAGAAGCAGAAAAAUAGAAGCAUGAUUUUUUUUUUACCGUAAGUAAUAACGAGAAAGAAUAUACGCUCUACGGGAUUUAAUUGUAUAUUUGAAAAGAGAAAAAUAUAUAUAUAAAUAUAUAUAUAUAUAUAUAUACAUAUAUUUAUAUAUACAUAUAUAUAUACAUAUAUAUAUAUAUAUAUAUAUAUAUAUAUAUAUGUUGGCCUGCUCACUGAAAAGGAGUAUAAUGAUGACUUGUAAUUAAUUUUUACUAACCAGGGGCGAUCGUGAAGUGAAAAAACUAAGCAUUAUUGUGUGUAUUGAUAAAGAUACACUUCUAUAAAGUAAGUGUAAACUUAUACGCCUCGAGCUUAUUUAUUAUGUUUAAUAUAAUAUUAUUAUAUUGCAUUGUACAUAACUGAUAAUUUGUAGUUCGUAAUCAAUUACUAUUUUUAUUAAUUAUUAU